AUGUUCAAGUUUUCUGUUGAGCAACCGGAUGAACCUCUACGGAGAUGGGUGUCGCCAUUUGAAAACAAGGAUGUGACAUCAGCCCAGGAGGCCCUUCGUGCAGGUCUCACUCAAUGGGCCUCUCUUUCGACCACCAGCCCCGCCACCCAGACUGCGCCCCCCGGGAUUGGCAUCGGCCACGCUGCCUCCCGAGCCGCACGGUGGCACGCCUAUGCGGGCGUGGUCCUCAGGCACGGCGCAGGCCCCACCGGGCAGCAGGCCGGCCCAGCUGCCAGGGUGGACAUCCAUGCCUACCUGGAGCACGAGGCGACCGACCCCAGCCAGGCCGCGCACGACGCCCUCGCCGGUCUGGACUGGGCAGAGUUUGGGCUACGGCAUGAUGCCUCAGGGCCGGCGAUGCUGAUGCGCGCGGCAACGACGAGCGCCCUGCUGGAGCUCAAGGCGGCGGAUCCAGCCCGGCUGCGCUCGCGGCGUGAGCAGUCGCUGGCGCGGGCGCUGCCCUGCCUGGCCGGCGCCCUCGUGGACCUCGCGCGUCAGGGCGAGGGCGGCGGCGGCCUGCUGGCCCACGCCUGCGCCCUGUUCGGGGGCUGUCGGGAGGCUGAGCUGGAGGGCAGGCUGGUCGGGGCGCUGCAGGCCGCGGUGCGGCGAGGCCGGGCCAGCCGGCGCCUCGAGCUCGGCCUGGCCGCCGAGGAGUGA